GCGGGGCUAACAGACCGAAGCGCGGUGGCGGUGAGCUUCGCGGUGCUUUGGCUGAUCUUGCUGCUCCACUCAUCGGAUUGGGGUUCGCUGGGAUAUCCGCUGCAAAGAUGUCCGACGACGAACAGCAAGAGCAGACCAUCGCCGAAGACUUGGUUGUGACCAAGUAUAAGAUGGGCGGUGACAUUGCUAACCAGGCACUGCGUGUGGUCAUCGAGUCGGCGAAGCCUGGCGUGUCUGUCCUCAGUCUGUGUGAGAAAGGAGACACUUAUAUUAUGGCAGAGACCGGGAAAGUCUUCAAGAAGGAGAAGGACAUGAAGAAAGGCAUUGCGUUCCCCACCAGCGUGUCAGUCAAUAACUGUGUAUGCCACUUCUCUCCCUUGAAGAGCGACCCUGACUACACGCUUAAAGACGGAGACUUGGUCAAAAUUGACCUGGGAGUACAUGUCGAUGGCUUUAUCUCCAAUGUGGCGCAUAGCUUUGUUGUUGGGGCCAGUAAGGAAGCACCUGUGACCGGCAGGAAAGCUGAUGUCAUCAAAGCUGCCUACUUGUGUGCAGAAGCAGCACUGCGUCUUGUAAAACCUGGUAACCAAAACACGCAGGUGACUGAGGUGUGGAACAAGAUCUCUCACGCUUUCAAAUGCAAUCCAAUCGAAGGUAUGCUGUCCCACCAGUUAAAGCAACACAUUAUUGAUGGGGAGAAGACGAUCAUCCAAAACCCUACAGACCAGCAGAAGAAGGACCAUGAGAAAGUGGACUUUGAGGUCCAUGAGGUGUAUGCUGUAGAUGUACUGAUCAGUACAGGGGAAGGGAAGACAAGAGACGGAGGACAGAGGACCACCAUCUACAAGCGGGACCCCAGUAAACAAUAUGGCCUGAAAAUGAAGACCUCUAGAAUAUUCUUCAGUGAGGUGGAGAGACGUUUUGAUGCCAUGCCCUUUACUCUCAGGGCAUUUGAAGAUGAGGGUAAGGCCCGUUUGGGAGUGGUCGAGUGUGCCAAACAUGAGCUACUGCAGCCCUUCAGCGUACUCAGUGAAAAAGAGGGAGAGUUUGUGGCCCAGUUUAAGUUCACAGUAUUACUGAUGGCCAAUGGGCCUUUGAGAAUCACCAGCGGACCAUUUGAACCUGAACUCUACAAAUCCGAGUAUGACGUUCAGGAUCCUGAGCUGAAGUCUCUGAUACAGAGCUCUGCAAGUCGUAAAGCACAGAAGAAGAAGAAAAAGAAGGCUUCCAAGAAUGCAGAAAAUGCUACAGGGCAGCAAGCAGAGAAUGAAGUUGCAGCUGAAUAGUUAUGCUACACUCCAAACAACAAUACAUAUUCUGACAAAUUUCUAGCUCCUAGAAAUUUAAAACCUAAAUCUUCAAUUAAACCGUUGUCAAUUGAAACCUGUGACAAAAAGCCAUCCAUGGUUGGUGUGAUUUGGAAAUAGACAAAAUUGAAAUUGGUCUGACGGACAAUGACUUUGUACUGAUUUGUACUGAUCUAUUGUCAUUUAUCUUUUUGAAGCACUAGGUUUACACUGAACUGAAACAUGACACCUUUUGGAAAUGAAAUUGAUUAAACAUAGCAGUUCUUUUUAUAGUAUUAAGGUGUCCGCUGUGUUGGUCUUCUUAAUCUAAUAAAAAUUGUUUGGCCUAGUAGCUGAAUUGAAACUGUGCUAGGUUAAUAUGGAGAGAUGACUGUUUCAGCAGUUUAAGCAAUUUGGAACAUUUCCAAAUCCUUGUCAUUCCUCAGGGUUGAAAUGUGAUUUCUAAGCAAAGCCUCUCACUUUUAAGGACUAGCCGCUCUCUAAAUUGGAUCUAGAACCCUACCAUGGAGAAUUUAAAUGUUUUGGGGUGCACAGGGUUAUUAUACACUCACACUUAUUUUGAAAUGGGGACAUUUUUGGAACUAUGGUACAUUUAUUAGUAACUGCCAUCCCUAUUUCGCCCCUAGUCUAACAAUGAGGGAUUUAAACCAGAAGAAAGAUUUGUCUCAUUAAACUCUGUAUUUUCCUCAUCACUCUUUGCCCUCACCUUACAAGAAACAUUCUUGUCUUUGUCUCAUUUAAAGCUUCUAUUGAAUCAUGAAGUGAGUCCCAGUUAAUUUUUGAAACAGUACAUGCAUUCUUUUAAGUAUAUCCAGUAAGAUCAACAUGUCCAAAUUGCUGCUAAACUACUUUCAUAGGCCCCAUUUUGCAUGCAUUUAUACCAGACCAUACUCCCCUCACAAAUAAAACCUAUUGGUUAAAAGUGUAGGAAGAUUAUUGAGGCUGACGUUUUGGUGAAAAGCAUGCAAAUGUGGUCCACAAAUAGAGCAGUGAAGAGACUCUAAAUAUUGAUCUGCCUCAAUUAACAUAAUCAUGUGAAACUGUACUAUUAUAUUUCUCAAAGACAGUGUGUUGCCCAGUCUUAAAUGCAACCUCAUAUAUUCAAUACAUAAUUAAAAUAUAUAUAUAAAAAACAGAUCCUCUAUUCAAAGCCAUUGCUGGUUGAUCUGAGUCACUGUGCUGCAGCAUUCAGAUUACUUCAAAAAGUGCAUUGGUGAAGUAGCUGUGCUGUGGUUCAGGAUCUGAAACAUUGAUGUGUGACUGGGCAGAAUAGGUUGAAUGUGGUGUGAUGUGUCUGUGUUGAGCUUCUCUUUAGUUCCACUCCCAGACCUUACUCUUCACAGUGCUGUGUGCCUGGGACCAGUCCAGACUGACACUAUUCUGUUUUUCUAGGAGAAACCAGUAUAUGGAACUAUUUUACAUCUAAUGAAAUAAAACAAGACUUUGAAUACUU